GGAAAUGAUAUAAAAAUCCUUAACCGUCGUGGAGUUCAGAUUUUGCGAUUCUUCUUCAUCAAUGGCGACGGCGGAGAAGAUUUGGAACGCCACGGAAGUGGCGGGGACGCAUAGCUCCGACAUUCCGUCGUCCUCUCGCACCAUCGACCACUCCCUCUCUCUACCGGAACUGAAGCCUCGCAUCGUGGAGCUUUUCAGAGAUUUAUUCAAACAAUGGUCGAAUUUGGAUGAGUCGGAUUUCUCCCUUGAGACAGUAUCUGGUGGCAUUACAAAUCUGUUGCUCAAGGUGUCUGUCAGACAAAGAGAUGGAAAUUCUGUUAGUACGACAGUCAGAUUAUAUGGUCCAAAUACUGAAUAUGUUAUUGAUCGCCAAAGGGAACUGCAGGCUAUCCCAUACCUCUCGGCUGCUGGAUUUGGUGCCAAGUUACUAGGUGUUUUUGGGAAUGGAAUGGUGCAAUCGUUUAUUGAUGCUCGUACACUUACUCCAUCAGAUAUGCGAAAACCAGAGCUUGUAGUAGAAAUCGCUAAACAGCUGAGAAGAUUCCAUGAGGUGGAAAUUCCUGGUUCUAAAGAACCCCAACUGUGGAAUGACAUCUCCAAGUUCUUCUCAAGAGCAUUGACCCUCAAGUUUGAUGACAGCGUGAAGCAAAAGAAGUAUGAGAUGGUUUCGUUUGAAGAAAUUAAUCAAGAAAUCAAUGGCCUCAAGGCAAUGACAGAUCGUUUUAAUGCUCCCGUCGUAUAUUGUCACAAUGAUCUGCUUUCUGGGAAUUUGAUGCUUAAUGACAAUGACGGUAAACUCUACUUCAUCGACUUUGAGUAUGGAUCAUACAAUUACAGAGGCUUUGACAUUGGAAAUCACUUCAAUGAAUAUGCUGGCUACGACUGUGAUUACAGUUUAUACCCAAGCCAAGACGAACAAUUCUUCUUCUUCAGGAACUAUCUAAGCCCUGAUAGACCACAUGAGGUUUCCAUGGAGGCGAUUUCUGCUCUUUACGCUGAAACAAAUGUUUACAUGCUAGCUUCACACCUAUACUGGGCACUGUGGGCUUUAAUCCAGGCAAAAAUGUCUCUGAUCGAUUUCGACUAUCUGAGUUACUUCUUCCUACGCUACAACGAAUACAAGAAGCAGAAGGAGAAGUGUUUUUCGCUGGCACACUCAUAUUUUCAAAGUCGCUAAAUGACUAAUUCUACCGUGCAGCAUGUUGCCAUGUACUGAUGUCGUUGUAAAAAUUUUGGUUGCGGAUUCUGUUGUACUUGGAUGAAUGAAGCUAUGUUUGUGGUGUUGUUAUACCACCUUGUGUGAAGAAAAGAUCCACGGAACGACUCCAUUGUUACGAAAAAUGAGUUGCUGCUUAUCAAUGCCAGUGAUGUUUUCUGUGUUGCUAGUUA